AUGGCCUUUGUCCUGCCGACAUUGUUCUCACGCUUCUUCCGCCCUUUCGCCGCUAGCUCGUCUCUGGGUUUGACAUCAUCCGAAGCCGCCGCUCGCACCAUCACCACCAUGCCGGACAACGCGCAGAAGGCCACCCUCGCGGCGGGCUGCUUCUGGGGCGUGGAACAUCUGUUUCGCAAGCACUUUGGCAACGGCAAGGGACUGCUGGAUGCCAAGGUUGGUUAUUGCGGCGGGACUACGCAGUCGCCGACAUAUCGGAUUGUGUGCUCGGGGACGACAGGACAUGCUGAGUCCCUUCAAAUCACCUUCGAUCCGUCGCUAGUCAGCUACCGGCAACUGCUCGAGUUCUUCUACCGCAUGCACGACCCCACAACCGCGAACCGGCAGGGACCUGACGUCGGGACGCAAUACCGCAGCGCCAUCUUUACGCACAAUGAAGAGCAGGAGAAAAUCGCCAAGGAGGUGACCGAGAAAGUGGGCAAGGAGUGGUACAAGGGCCAGCCGAUUACGACGCAGAUCGUGCCGGCGGGACAGUGGUGGGACGCGGAGGAGUACCACCAGCUGUACCUGGAAAAGAACCCCGAUGGAUACGAGUGUCCUUCUCAGUACGAGUCCUUGCUUUGUGAGGAACUUCCCUCCGCUGUCGGAAUGACUAAAAGGGUGACGGAUAUGAGAUACGGUGGACAAGCUGCCGGCCAUCCAGAAACUGGUGGCUUAUUCCCGGACCUCGCGGUUAAUCCGGCAGUCUUGCGCGAGGCCUGCGAUGCCGUCCAGCUAGAGAUCGUCCAGCUGCUCCCCAAUGAGCGUGCCAAUAUCGGCGACUUCGACCAUCUCCUCCGGUUGGCCGAGGAUAAUGCGCGAUCGAAUGAACACAACGAAGUGAUUGCCACGGUGCUGAUGAACAUCGCUCGAUUAGGAGAGCUGAUUCUAUAUGCCGAGGAAGACCCCCUGAUCCUCGGAUCCCACGGCAAUCCCAUCCAUGUGCUGGGCUUCUGCACAGGCGAGAUUCCCGCGGCCAUCGCGGCAGGAGCCCGAGAUACUAGUGACCUGCUCAAGUUGGGCGUCGAAGCCGUCCAUAUCAUCUUCCGCCUGGCCCGCGAGCUGAGCCGGCGGUCGUUGCUGGUUGACCGCACCCAUGGGAACUGGGCGACGACACUCGUGGAUAUCACCCCGGAGCGGGUACAGUCGAUCCUGGACGAUUUCCAUCAGAGUCAGGGAAUCCCAACAGUGCGCCAUGUCUGCAUUGGAUUCGUCGCGGAAGAAUGGCUGACGUUGUUUGGCCCUCCGACGACGCUGCAGCGUCUCUUCUCCUGGUCCACUGAACUGGCAGAUAUCGCACGGAUUCAGACGGACGUUGGCGGUGCCGUUCACAUGGCCACCAUGCCUGAUGUCGACGUGGACGCCAUUCUGGGCUCGUCGCCACUGCUGGACCAACCCGUCGUGCCCGAGGUGACCAUCGUGUCGCCGUACAGCUGCCAACCCCGGGCGGCGGCGACGCUGCGGGCGUUGAUCCGUGAGAUCAUCCCUGAUGUGGCCCAGAAGACGCUGCAUCUGAGCAGAGCAAUAGACGCGACCAUCCAGCAUUUGGGCGCCCGGCCAACGCGUCUUGUCGUGGCGGGCUACACCAACCAUUUACCAUAUCUGCAGAAGGUGCUGCAGGACAAGGGCAUUGAGUUCACCGUACCACCGCAUCGCCGGCCCGAUUCCUCAUCGUCGAACCAGGGCCGGGAGGGAUCCGAUCUUAUCGCCGUCGUCGGCAUGUCCGGUCGGUUUCCGGGAAGUGGCGACGUUAACGCCUACUGGGAAGGGCUGCUGGAGGGCAAACGAUAUGUCCAGGAGAUUCCGAAAUCCCGAUUUGACCUCGAAAAAUGGUACGAUGCCACCGGCCAGCAGAAGAACUCGACACUGGCCCGGACAGGGGCGUUCUUGGACCAGCCUGGGCGGUUUGACCACCGGCUGUUCAACAUGUCACCGCGGGAAGCGCUGCAGACAGAUGUGCAGCACCGUCUAUUCCUAACGACGAGCUAUGAAGCGCUGGAGAUGGCCGGUUAUGCCCCCGACGCGACGUUGUCCACCAGCCGCAACCGGAUUGCCACUUACUUUGGCCAGGCGUCGGACGACUGGCGUGAACUGGUCACCACGCAGGGCUUGGAUAUCUACUACUUGCCUGGCAACUGCCGGGCCUUCGCCCCUGGGCGCCUCAACCAUUAUUUCAGAUGGGGCGGCGGCUCGUACAGCGUCGAUACCGCCUGUGCAUCGAGCGUCACAACCGUUACUCUGGCCUGCUCCGCGCUGAUCGCACGCGAGUGCGACAUGGCCCUUGCCGGCGGUGGCUCGCUGCUCCUGUCACCAGCCCCUUUCUCGGGCCUGAGCCGGGGCGGCUUCUUGUCCUCGCAUGGCGGCUGUCAGACAUUCCAUGACGAUGCGGAUGGCUACGUCCGCGGCGAGGGCGUUGGCGUCGUCGUGCUCAAGCGGCUGGAGGAUGCCCAGGCCGACAACGAUAACAUCCUGGGCGUCAUCAAGGGCUUUGGCCGCAACUACAGCAGUGACGCAACCUCCAUCACCCAUCCCUCGGCCACCGCCCAGCAGCAGCUCUAUCGGACCGUGCUGCAGCGCAGCAGCACUGACCCGGCCAGUGUGGCCUACAUCGAGAUGCACGGCACCGGCACCCAGGCGGGCGAUGCCACGGAGAUGUCAUCCGUUCUGUCGACCUUUGCGAAAAACCGAACUCCCGAUAAUCCCCUGGUCGUGGGUGCAGUCAAGGCCAACAUCGGACACGGCGAAGCAGCCGCCGGCGUGUGUGCGCUCAUCAAGGUGUUGAUGAUGCUGCAGACCCGCAGGAUUCCCCCUCAGCCUGGCCUACCGUUCGCCAUCAACCAUCGCUUUCCAGACCUGGCCGCGAGAAAUGUGCACAUUGCCGGCCUGGACAUGGUGUUGCGGCCCAGUCCGGUGGCCGAUGGCAAGCUGCGCAUCUUUCUCAACAGCUUUGAUGCUUCGGGCGGUAAUUCAUGCCUGCUGCUCGAGGAAGCGCCCCCUAAGGCCGUCAAAGGACUGGAUCCGCGCACCUACCAUGUUGUUGUGUUCUCCGCGCGCACGAAAGCGUCCCUGGCAACCAUCAAGGAGCGGUAUUUACACUAUUUACGCCGAAAUCCAGCCACAUCCCUGGCCGACCUGGCCUAUACCACAGCCGCUCGCCGCAUGCAUGGCCCUCUUCGCUCCGCCAUCGUGGCUGCCACUGUGGAAGAUCUGAUGAACCGUCUGGAAGCCGAUCUCACUCGCCCCCAGGAGGCUCCUUCUCCCACCAUCAGCGCUCCCCCAAUCGUGUUCGUCUUCACCGGGCAGGGCUCGCAGUAUGCGGGCAUGGGUCACCAGCUCUGGCGGGACAGCCCCACGGUCCGCAACAUCGUCGGGGGCUAUCAGGCCGUGGCCACCGCGCUGGGCCUACCCCGGUUCAUCGACCUGAUUGCCCGAGACGACAUCGACUUGGCAGCACAAAGCCCGGCCCAGGUGCAGCUGGCGGUGCUGGCCCUUCAGCUGGCACUGGCGCAGCUGUGGUCCGCAUGGGGGUUACAGCCCACCAUGGUACUCGGCCACAGCCUGGGCGAGUACGCUGCCCUCUGUGUGGCAGGCGUUCUCACCGUAAGCGAUGCGCUCUAUCUGGUGGGCAUGCGGGCCACAAUGAUCACCAACGCCCUGACAGCUAACGAAUACUCCAUGCUGGCCGCCAGCCAGGACGUGGAUGCCAUGCGGGCUGUCCUGCGCGAAGGCGACUACCGUUCCUGUGAGAUCGCCUGUCUCAACGCCCCCGAGAUGAUGGUCGUCAGCGGUCCCAUCCGCGAGCUGGAGACGCUGCAGAGCCAGCUCCGCGCGGAUGGCGGUCGGUGCACGCUGCUGUCGGUCCCCUUUGGCUUCCAUUCCCAGCAGCUGGAUCCCAUCCUCGACCGGUACGAGACCGCAGCCCAGGGCGUCACCUUCUCCGCGCCGCGUAUCCCGGUCGUCUCGACCUUGCUGGGCUCUCUCGUGCAAGAUGAGGGUACCUUUUCUCCCGCGUAUCUCCGCCGCCAGGCCCGUGAGCCCGUCGAUUUCGUAGGCGCCUUGCGGACUGUGCAGCGGGCCAUCCCCGCGGGCAACAACCCAUUCUAUCUCGAAAUCGGACCGGAUCCCGUCUGCCUGGGACUCAUCCGCUCCACCCUUGGUAAUGCCACCGAUGCCCGCCGGCUGGCGUCCCUCCGCGCGGGUGAAGACAACUGGGCGACUCUGUCCGCAAGUCUCGGAGCCGCCUACGCUGCGGGCGUGGCCAUUGACUGGCCGGUGUAUCACGCCGACUUUCUCUCUGCGCUGUCGCUGCUGGACCUACCCACCUAUGCCUUUGACGAGAAGGACUUCUGGGCUCCCUUUCCCGAUCCGGAUGAGCUCAUGGCCGACGCUGGGUCAACCAAGCCCCAGAACACCAUUGCAAUCGCUCCCUCCAUCGCCGGAUAUCCCACGACCACGCUCCAGCGCAUCGUGCAGGAACAGGUCGAGCGGGACCGCGUAUCCGUCACGUUCGAGUCCCUGGUCUCGGAGGCUCAUCUGCUGUCUGCGAUCCAGGGCCACGCAGUGGCUGAGGUGGAGAUCUGUCCCAGCAGCAUUUUGAUAGACAUGGCCCUGUCGGCCGCCCGGUAUGCCUAUCUCAAGCAGCACUCGCCAGUCCAGACCCUGCCCACGCUCAGUGUCCGCAACCCAGACCUCCACUUUGCCCUUGUGGCCGCGGAGACACACCGGCCGCAGACGGUCGAGGUAACAGUCGAAUACACAGUUGCCGACAGCAGGGCACAGAUUACGUACCAUUGCUGCAAGCCACAGGUUCGUCAAGAGCUUGGCACCUGCCAAGUGACGUUUGAGACGACGUCCGCGGCCCAGCAGAACGAGUUCGCCCAGUUCCUGCUCCGGUCGCGUAUCGACACUCUCAAGGCCGGCCAGGGCCACCGACUGCGCAAGCCCGUUGUCUACCGGCUGUUCGAGAAUGUGGUGCGGUACAGUGAGCCUUACCGCGGCCUGGACGAGGUCUUCGUCGACACUGAGAUGCGGGAUGCCGUCGGGCGGGUCCAGCUGCCGAUGCCGUCGCGCUCUGAGGGCCACUAUCUCUACAACCCGUUUCUGCUGGAUUCUGUCGCCCAUCUGGCAGGCUUUCUGGUCAAUUCUGGAUUGAAAUAUCCAGCCGAUGUUGCUUGUAUUGCGACGGGUUUCGAUGUGUGGCAUUUCUUCAAGCCGCUGGAGGAAACUACCACGUAUACGAGCUAUGCACAUCUGGAGGAGUCGCCCUCCAACAACACCCUGAUCCGGGGCAAUGUGUAUAUCUUGGAUGGCGAUAAUAUCGCCUCCGUAAUUACCGGAGUUCAUUUCCAAAAGAUGACUAAGGCGGCCCUGUCGCGUGUCUUGCUGGGGGGAUCCCCGACGGCCGAGACCACUUCGCGGCGGCGAGGUCAGCCUGCAGUCUCAGGAAGAGACUCGCCGGCGCAGGCCCUGGCGAUUGGAAAGGGGAUGACAAACCUACCCUCAGCAGCCAAGUCAGACUCU